AAACAAACUUAGUCAUCGGUGAUAAAAAUUAAAUUUUCACGUAAAAUUCCGACUUUUUUACGCCGAUUUUUAGAUAUUUCAUCAGACAAUAACUUAGUUAACGACAAAAAAUAAGUAGCAAUCAUGCACGGCAGACUAAAAGUCCGAACAACCGAAGAGGAGCAAAUCCGCAAAAAGAAGGAGCAGGAAAUCAAAACAAAAGCUUACAAGCUGGGGAUGUCCAAAAUUUUCAAGAAACGUCAAAUGAACGAGCUCGAUAUGGAACUUUACGAGUUGACAUCGAAGAUUCUUUCGUCAAAUCCUGACAUCACGACACUUUGGAACAUUCGUCGCGACUGUAUUUUGCAUUUAAUCGCCAAAAAGAAGGAAAAUCGAGCUUUGUACGAUAAAGAUUUGUCAUUUACGGAACAAUGUUUACGGGUGAAUCCCAAAUCUUAUGGGGCUUGGCAUCAUCGUUGUUGGGUUCUCGACACCAUGCAAAAUCCCGAUUGGAAAAAAGAGAUCGCCAUUUGCACGCAAUACCUCAAAAUCGACGAACGAAACUUCCAUUGCUGGGAUUAUCGACGUUUUGUCGUCGAUCGGGCUGGCGUUUCGGCGGAAAAAGAGUUUGAAUUUUGCACGGAAAAAAUUGAGACGAAUUUUUCGAAUUAUUCGUCGUGGCAUUAUCGCAGUAAAUUGCUGCCGAAACUUUUUCCGCAUCCCACGGACCCUUCAAGGCCGAUUAGUGAGGAAAAAUUGAAGGAAGAACUCGUUUUGGUGCUGAAUGCGGCAUUUACUGAGCCCAAUGACAGCAGUGCUUGGUUCUACCAAAGAUGGUUGCUGGGCUAUUCGCAGGAGGAAUUCGACAUUGCCGUGUUUAAAAUGACCAAAGAUCACAUUUUGAUCGCUUUUUCGCAAGCCAUCGACCUCAAUGCUUGCGGAUAUUUUCAUGAUACAAAUUUCGAAACCAUUUUGAAUCAGAGGAGAUGGGCUCCGGGCACUGAGGGCGCCAAAUACGACACAAUUUGGACGUUGCGCCAUAACGCCGAUGUCUCAAAUACCGCAGAUUUCGAACUGGAAUAUGUCACGGAGGCGGGAAAAAGUUGCAAGAUGCACAUUUGUCGCACAAUUGGCAGCUUAGUUGGCAUCAAAAUCCCCAAAUUUGGCUACGAAUUCCAAACCGCCGUACUUGAUGUCCUCAAAAAUCAACUCAGUGACUGCAACGAACUUUUAGAACUCGAGCCAGAAAGCAAAUGGACUCUUUUGACAUCAGCCUUGCUCAUGCGGGCGAUCAAUCGAACCGAUAAAGAGUACCACCAAAAAUGUCUCGAUAUCCUGCAAAAGUUACAAACGAUAGAUUCGCUUCGUGCUGGUUACUACAAAGACCUCGCCAGCAAAUGGAACAUCGAGAUGCAACUCGAAAAAUGGAUUCGCGGCGGAAAUUUGGGAAAUUGCUUGAAUUUAUCGAAAUUGAAUUUAACCACAAUUUAUUACGCCCAAUACUUGUCUGUUGUGGAAGACAUAAAUUUAGCCGGCAAUCAACUCACAGACAGAAAUUUGGCGAAAUUGGGUGCAUUAAAAAGUUGCACGAAAAUCAACUUGAGUGAUAAUAAAAUUACCUCGCUGGAAACAUUCCCGAAGCUGCCGGCGCUCAAAGAAAUUUUGCUAAAAGGCAAUGAAAUUAGUGUCGAAGAAGAGGCGGAAUUUCAAGGCAGAUUGAAUGCGGAUGACGAGAGUGAGGCAAAGUAAUUUGUUUUUUUUUGGCAUGCUUAUUAGCUUUAAUUAGAUGACGCGACUUGAAGACAUUUUUGUAGCUUUUUGAUA